AAUACUUCGGAAAGCUCAUAAUAUACCUAUAAAUCCCUUUCCGUUCUGACUUGAGCUGAGCUCUGCCUUCCUCUUCUCAGAACUAGCUACACUCCGCCCUCUUCCCCGCAAUGCGUGCCCCGUCCCCGCUCGUCCUUCGGAGCUGGGGCUCACGACUCGGACCACGCAAAUGUCUCAACUCAUUUCGCCAGGCACCAAACAUUACACGCCCAGCUUAUAGAUCAGUAGCAAGUUAUACGCAUCCUCACCAUGCCUCUGCCCUCUCUGUCCUCCCCACAGCAGUGGAUACCUCCUCACAGGAGUACCGCGAAAACAGCGAACAAAUGCAAGAACUUCUAGACCGGAUGAACAGCCUACACACAACAAUUGCACGCGGAGGAAACGACAAAGCGCGCGAGAAGCACAUCGCCCGCGGCAAAAUGCUCCCAAGAGACCGGAUCUCCGCCCUAGUCGACCCAGGCACCUCCUUCCUGGAGCUAUCAGCACUUGCAGGACACGGUGUCUACGAAGGCGAGGAUGUUCCAGCGGGCGGGAUUAUCACCGGAAUUGGGAUGGUCGAGGGUGUCAACUGCAUGAUCGUUGCCAAUGAUAGCACCGUCAAGGGCGGCACCUACUACCCCAUCACAGUGAAGAAGCACCUCCGCGCACAGGCGAUUGCGCAAGAGAACCGCCUUCCCUGUAUUUACCUCGUGGAUUCCGGUGGUGCAAACCUGCCUCACCAGGCAGAUGUGUUCCCAGACCGCGAUCACUUCGGCCGGAUCUUCUUCAACCAGGCCCGCAUGAGCUCCCUCGGUAUCCCACAACUCUCUGUUGUCAUGGGUCCCUGCACAGCGGGUGGUGCAUAUGUGCCUGCUAUGAGCGACGAGACCAUCAUUGUCGAGAACCAGGGUACUAUCUUCCUGGCAGGCCCGCCUCUCGUCAAGGCCGCGACGGGAGAGGAGGUUUCCGCCGAGGACUUGGGUGGCGGUCAGCUCCAUUCGAGCAUUUCCGGUGUUACAGACUACCUGGCUGUCGACGAUGCCCACGCUAUUGUCCUUGCUCGUCGCUCCGUCGCGAACCUCAACUACCCUACCACGACAACUCCGCUCCAGCUGGAGAAUGGUAAUGGGGAUUCGCUUGUCGUGAAAGAACCGUUGUACGACCCCAAUGAGUUAAACGGCAUCGUUGGCACGAAUCUCCGCCGCCAGAUCCCCGUUCAUGAGGUCAUUGCGCGGAUUGUCGAUGGGAGUGAAUUCGCCGAGUUUAAGCGUGACUAUGGCUCAACCCUGGUAACGGGCUUUGCCCGUAUCCACGGCCAUCGUGUCGGUAUCGUUGCUAACAAUGGAAUCUUGUUCUCCGAGUCCUCGCUCAAGGGAGCGCACUUCAUUGAGCUCUGUGCUCAACGGCGAAUCCCUCUUGUCUUCUUGCAGAAUAUCUCCGGCUUCAUGGUCGGUGCUGAUGCUGAGAAGGGCGGAAUUGCGAAGAACGGUGCCAAGCUUGUCACUGCUGUUGCAUGCGCCGAUGUCCCCAAGUUCACUGUUGUGUUUGGGUCCAGUGCUGGUGCUGGCAAUUACGGGAUGUGUGGUCGUGCCUACUCACCUCGUCUUCUCUUCAUGUGGCCCAAUGCUAAGAUCGGCGUCAUGGGCUCUGAGCAACUGUCUGCCGUUAUGGAAGCUGUCGGACGAUCCGCUGAUCCGGCUUUGAAGGAACGCAUUGACCGUGAAUCGGAAGCGACCUUUUCGUCGGCUCGUUUGUGGGAUGAUGGUAUCAUCCCGCCGUCUCAGACGAGGAAAAUGCUGGGGUUGGGUCUGGCAGCUGCGCUCAGUGGCAAGGCUGAGCCCGAUGUGCAAACAAGAUUUGGCGUUUUCCGGAUGUAGAGCGCCGACGGGUUGGGUUGAGGUCUGCAAAAUUUCAUUCAGGAUAAAUCCGAGAAAACAUAGAAUGGAAGACGUAUGCUCAUGUGCCAUUGAUUUUAUGUGACAUUUUGGAACAGUCAAAUGAAAAUAUGCGGUGAAUAGUCACCUUGUAUCAAAUUGUGUAGCCUACAGGCCUCUCCAGGGUAUCGUUCUUUGGUCUAGUGGACCUUUAGAACUUUACGGCAUGGUCCAAGGAGCUCAUCAAAGGAGAGGAUAUCCGGUACUACAAUUUCACGCCUUUCUGUGUUGAUGACGAAGGGUUCAACCACAUGCCUAACAUUCAAAGGAUCUAGCGUGAGCCUAUCAACCGAACGAUAAUAGCAACAGGACCAAAACAACAGAAAACACUUUUUUUGUCCAUCACGUGAAAGUAAUAUUUUCUUAGUCCAGAUCAACCAAACCUCAAAUAUGUCAAAUAUAAAAAAAGAGGAGAGGACUGACACCAAUUGUGUACAGCCCAAAAGAAAAGAAAAGAUACAAAUCUGUAGUAGCGAAGCAUGGUUCUAUAGGGAGGAGAAGCACAGACAUAUCGGCAACGUAUAGAAAGAACAUCAGUCAUACAUGACA